GACUAUGAGAAGUAUUUUUUGACAAAUCCCGUGUGCCAUCUCGCCGCUGUGAGCAACUCUCCAAGUGAUGCCUCAGUUUUACGCAACAGGUUCUGCGAGAUAAACCAACCAGAAUCACCUUCAAACAAAUGUAGGAAGGAGAAGAAGAAGCAUGCUGUCACCACCUUGGUCCUUUGGCAUCGAGCAGGAGAUCACCUCAUGGGAUGUAGCGGAUGCAGAGUCAGGUUCAACUUUGGGAAGGCGCUGUCCAAAGUCUCGGUGUUUUUUACCAUGGUCCUGAUCUUCACCUACUUCUUCUACUGUCUCACCGCGCUUUGCGAUUCGGCUCCGAGGACUCCCUACAGCCACCGCGCUUCAGACAGAGACUAUGAGAUUUUGGACGACCUGCGACCGCCGCCGCGUCUCCUCCUCGUCGACGCGCCGCUUCAGCGCAACCGCACAGCCCCCGUGGACGCGAGCGGCCAGCCGCCUCAGCACGCGCCGGACAACGCCAACGGCAGUGCCCACAGCGACGGAAUCCCCGUGUCCAACACUUUCGGUACCAAAAGGUUUCCACAGGCGAUUAUAAUCGGCGUGAAGAAAGGAGGCACUCGCGCUCUGCUGGAGUUUCUGCGCAUCCAUCCGGACGUGAGAGCGGUUGGAUCAGAGCCUCACUUCUUUGAUAGGUUUUAUGAUAAAGGGCUGGAGUGGUACAGGAACCUGAUGCCUCGGACGCUGGACGGCCAGAUUACUAUGGAGAAAACCCCCAGUUACUUUGUCACAAAGGAGGCUCCUAGUCGAGUCUGCACGAUGAACUGUCAAACCAAGCUCAUUGUGGUGGUUAGGGAUCCCGUGACACGGGCGGUGUCUGACUACACCCAGACGCUGUCCAAAAACCCAGGACUUCCGUCCUUCCAGAGCCUGGCCUUGAAAAACUCCUCCACUGGUCUGAUCGACACCACGUGGAGCGCUGUACGCAUUGGUCUCUAUGCCAAACAUCUGGAGAACUGGCUCCAGCACUUCCCCCUGUCUCAUUUUCUGUUUGUUAGUGGUGAACGCCUGGUUAGCGAUCCUGCUGGGGAGAUGGGCCGGGUUCAGGACUUUCUGGGUCUGAAAAGGGUUGUUUCAGACAAACAUUUCUACUUCAACCAGACCAAGGGUUUUCCGUGCCUGAAGAAGCCUGAGGGAAGCAGUAGACCUCGCUGCCUUGGAAAGUCUAAGGGCAGACCCCAUCCCCAGAUCCCCUCUGAGGUCCUACAGAGACUCAGAGACUUCUACAGGCCCUUCAACCACCAUUUCUACCAAAUAAGUGGACAAAACUUUGGGUGGGAUAAAUAGAGCGGCAUAAAAACUGGGCUAAUAUUCUCAGGGACGGAAGAGGAAUACAAAGGCCACAAACUGGAACACUUUUUGGACCUUUCUGCCUCAGAGGAAUCAAUGUGACAUGUAGCACUCAUGAACUGCCACUGCUUUGUUGUCGCGUUAGAAGCUGACAUGGGCACAGUGCUGCUAAUAUGCAAGUUACACACAUACUUAAUGGAUUAUAGUUAUCAAACCAUUCUCUUGCUUGUAUGUUAAUGUUGUGCAAAAGUACAUAUAUAUAUGUAUAUAUAUAUGCAAAAUAGGCACCAAAGGGAACGCAAAAAUGAUCGCUUUAAAUAUCGUUUUUGCCCGCUCUUCAUGUUUUCCUAAUAAAUAAGCUAUUUAUAGUUUCUGUUGAUUUGAAAUACAACAGUUACCACUUUUUAUUGAAAGAAAUGUAUUUAUUUCAUGACAACGCAAGACAUUGAAACCUAUUAUGUGUUCAUUGACAGGACAUUUGAAAAAAGAUGUCGUACUCGGCAAUUAAUGUCUCCUCUUUUUGUUUAACAUUAGCAGUGUUAAUAAAAAAUGUACUGCAUUUAUAUUUUUUUUAUUUUAUUUACGUUUCUCCAAAUGGCAUUUGGAAUGGUGUAUAUCUUUGUCUGACGUGGCCAGAUAUUUCUCUGUGUUCUGCUGUUCAUAUCACAGCGAUACCUCAUCUGCAAACGUCACAUGUGUGACAUCGAUCGGAGAACACAUUCCCAUCCGUAGAUAUUUGUCAGUAGCGUUUCCAUUCGAAAGCCACAUCACUGUUUCUGUUGAACUGGGACAGUACCGACUGUAUCAGCUGCUCACGUACAAUAAAUUUUGCAGUUUUGAUCUGUGAAUAUUUUGAGUCAUUUUGGUGCCAUAUAUGUAAAGCAUGCAGACCACAGGGCGGACUCCCUGUACGAUGACGUUUUGUUUCAUCUCUCUAUAAUGUAUGAAUAUAAUGUAUAAUGUGUGUAUGUAUGUAUCUAACAGCAACCUAUGGGCCCUUUCGAUUCAUUAUAUCUGUGGAAGGAUUGACGACCACUCACUAAGUUUCUCGUCUGAGCAGCAAAAGUCCACUCAUGAAACGCCUGCUAACCCUAAAAGGCUCAGUGUGAAGGAUUAAGUGGCAUCCAACAGUGAUGGCGAAGAAAUACCUGUCACUCCAUCUUUCUUUGCUUGUGACAGAACUUACAAUGAGCAUCAGGUAAAAUAAAAAAGAAAAUAUGAAAGGCCUUCUCUAGAGCUAGUGUUUGGUUUGUCUCUGU